AUGACGACGGUGCGUUCUUGCAUCGUCCUCUGCCUCUUGUUGGGCAGUAGCAAUGCAUCAGUUAGAGUAGGGCGCGGCUAUACUGCCGGCGCUGCAGGGGGAGGAGGCGGUGGCGGCGGAGGCGGAGGUGGAGGAGGAUUUGGUUACGGCAGCGGCGGAGGCUUCGGCUUCGGUGGGGGCUCCGGAUCCUUUGAAGGUGGCUUCGAUGGAAUACGUGAAGGAGUUGGAAGCAUACUUAGCGAUGUGCAAUCCGGGCUCACUGCAUUGGGAAAUGCCGGUGCAAGUUUCAGUGGUAGCCUAGGUGGAAAAGGAAAAUCAAUAUACACAAAAUCUGAAGAUGGCAAAUCUGGAGGAUUUGCCUUUACUGGUACAUUAGAUGGUGGCAAAGGCGGUUACGGCGGCGGCGGUGGAUAUAGUGGAGGUGGGAGUGGCGGUGGUUAUGGAGGUGGCGCUGGUUAUGGAGGUGGCGCUGGGUACGGUUCCGGGGGAGGAUCUGGUGGAGGAGGCGGCUUUAGUUUCGGAGGCUCUGGUGGACAUGGAAGUUCUGGAAGUGGCGGAGCAAGUCACGGCGCUGGAAAUUCUGGUGGCCACUCCAGUAGCGGUGGAUUUAGUGGAGGAUUGAAUUUCGGUGGAAGUGGAGGAGGCGGAUAUGGUGCGGGUGGCUCUAGUGGAAGUGGCCAUGGUGGAAGUAGUGGCGCAGGAAGUGGAAUUAGUGCGAGCGGUAGUAAAAUUAGUGCUGGAUCAGGACUUGGGUCUAGCAAUAAUGGAGGCAGUGGGGGUGGUUUCGGAGGUGGCUAUGGAGGUGGCAGCGGUGGGGGCGGUAGCGGAGGUUUCGCUAUUAAUGGAGGAGGCGUGUCUAGUGGACAUGGAAGCAAUUCUGGCAGUGGACACAGCCACAGUUCGGGUGGAGGACACGGGGGAAGCUCUGGUGGAGCGAGUGGGGGGCUAAGUUUUAGUGGUGGAUUUGGUGGCAGUGGAAGUGGAAGUGGUGGACUUAGUGCCGGACAUGGAGGAAAUAGUGGGUCUGGCGGUGGGGCUGGUAGCGCUAGUGGAUAUGGAGGAAUCGGCGGAGGUGGAGGAAGUGGAGGAGGCUACGGAGGAGGUUAUGGUGGCGGUAUCGGCGGAGGUCUUGGAGGUGGAAGCGGUGGAAGCAGUGAAAGUCACGGCAGUAGUGGUGGUGGUGCAGGAGGCCUGACUAUUAGUAGCGGAGGAAGUCUCGGUGGUGGCCACGGUGGAGGCUAUGGCGGAGGUAUCGGCGGAGGCCUUGGAGGUGGAAGCGGUGGAAGCAGUGGAAGCCACAGCAGCGGUGGUAGUGGUGCAGGAGGCUUAACUAUAAAUAGUGGAGGAAGUCUCGGUGGUGGCUACGGUGGAGGCUAUGGCGGAGGUAUCGGUGGAGGCUACGGAGGUGGAAAAGGUGAAAGCAGUGGAACUAUCGGCGGCAGUAGCGGUAACACAGGAGGAGGCUUAAGUAUUAAUAGUGGAGGAGGCCUCAGUAGUGGACAUGGCGGAGGCUAUGGUGGUGGCCUCGGAGGUGGAAGCAGUGGAAGCCUUGGAGGUGGAAGUAGUGGAAGUCUCAGUAACAGUGCUGGAAGCGCCGGAAGUUUAACAAUUAGUAGUGGAGGUGGCCUCGGUGGUGGCCACGGCGGAAGUUAUGGUGGUGGCAUGGGAGGAGGCCUUGGAAGUGGCAACGGAGGAGGUCUAAGCUUCGGAGGUGGAGCAAAUCAUGGCAGUAGUAGUGGUAGUUCAGGAGGCUUAUCAAGCACUAGUGGCACAAGCCUUAGCGGUGGUCAUGGUGGGGGCUAUGGCGGCGGAGGUGGUGCAGGCUACGGAGGUGGCAGCGGUGGAGGACAUAGUAGCGGCGGCGGUGGCUCACUUGGUGGCACCUUUAUGAUUGGACUUGGAGGUAGUGGCUCAAGUGGUGGUAGCCUUGGAGGCAAAGGUCAAGGAGGAGGAAUUGGAGGAGGCAAUGGAGGUGGCAUCGGAGGAGGAAGCGGUGGAGGUUACGGAGGAGGCAUCGGAGGAGGAAGCGGUGGAGGUUACGGAGGAGGCUUUGGUGCUGGAGGCGGUGGUGGCUACGGAGGAAGCAGUGGCUCUGGAAGUGGAAGUGGAGGAAGCAACUUCUUGUUUAAUGGGGGUUUCGGAGGGAGUGGGAACUCUGAAGGCCUCGGCAGUGGAAAAGGCCUUGGCGGUGGCAAAGGAGGCGGCGGCGGUGGCUUAGGAGGCUUAGUGGGUAGUUUUCUUGGUGGAUUCGGAGCAGACUAUAGUGGAAGCAGCAGAGGCGGCGGCGGGGGUAGUGGCUCUGGAGGCUUCGGAGGCUCUUUAGGCGGUGCGGGAGGAUAUGGUGGUCAUGGUGGCAGUUACGGGGGCUCCAAUGGAGCCUUCAGUAGCAGUGACGCUGCCAGCUCAGCUGGUGGCUACGGUGGCUCCGGCGGUUAUGGUCAGUCAGGCUCCUUUGCCUCCGCUAAAGCAUCAGCCUCAGCCAACGCUGGUAGCUAUGGUUAA